UUAAGCCUGUCCCGUUCACCUCUGUAGCCCGUAUCACACUUUUAGGGGAUAAAAGCAGACAAACAAGGGGUAAGAAUCCUGGAGCCUGUGGAGCAAACAGCGGCUGCACUGCUCAACCUCAGCGCCAAUAUGUUGUACCUGGAGACCAAUCCUCCCACAUCCUACAGCGAGCCACAGUACACAAGUCUGGGGCUUCUCAACAGCAUGGAUCAAAAUGGUGGAUCCACCUCCACCAGUCCCUACAACAACGACCAUGCCCAAAACAACGUAACGGCCCCGUCGCCCUACGCCCAGCCCAGUUCCACUUUUGAGGCCCUGUCUCCAUCACCUGCCAUCCCAUCCAACACAGACUAUGCUGGCCCACACACCUUUGAUGUGUCUUUUCAGCAGUCCAGCACAGCCAAGUCAGCCACCUGGACGUACUCCACAGACCUGAAGAAGUUGUACUGUCAGAUCGCCAAAACCUGUCCAAUUCAAAUCAAGGUUCUCACCAACCCGCCCCAGGGUGCAGUCAUACGGGCCAUGCCUGUUUAUAAGAAAGCCGAGCAUGUUACCGAGGUUGUCAAACGAUGCCCGAACCAUGAACUAAGCAGAGAGUUCAAUGACGGCCAAAUAGCUCCACCCAGUCACCUGAUUCGGGUUGAGGGGAACAGUCAUGCCCAGUACGUGGAGGAUUCCAUUACUGGGCGUCAGAGUGUGCUGGUGCCCUACGAGCCCCCUCAGGUGGGCACAGAGUUCACAACCAUCCUGUACAAUUUUAUGUGCAAUUCUAGCUGUGUCGGUGGUAUGAACAGGCGGCCGAUCCUCAUCAUCGUCACCUUGGAAUCUAGAGAUGGCCAGGUUUUGGGCAGACGGUGUUUUGAGGCUCGCAUCUGCGCGUGUCCAGGACGCGACCGCAAAGCGGAUGAGGACAGCAUUCGCAAACAGCACGUCAGCGAUGGAACAAAGAGCAGUGAGGCUUUCCGCCAGGCGUCACACCUUUCUCAACUCCCAUCGCUCAAGAAGAGAAGAUCCACCGAUGAGGAAGUGUUUUGUCUGCCUAUUAAAGGCCGUGAAAUCUAUGAGAUUUUGGUGAAAAUCAAAGAGUCUUUGGAACUCAUGCAGUUUCUCCCUCAGCAAACUAUUGAGUCAUACAGACAGCAGCAACAGAACCUACUGCAGAAACAGAGCUCUCUGCCCCCCCAGCCUACCUUUGGUUCCAGCUCACCCACCCUCGGCAAAAACAAGCUGCCAUCAGUCAGUCAACUCAUCAACCCCCAACAACGCAACACACUCACCCCAUCAGGCAUGGGUGGAGGAUUGGCUGAUAUGACACCCAACAUGAUGGGCGGCCCCGUUCCCAUGAACACAGACAUGAGCGCCCUGAGCCCUACCAACCCUCUCCAGUCCCAGUUACAAAUGGUGCCUUCUUCUCACUGCACGCCUCCACCGCCCUACCCAAUGGACAACAGCAUUUCCAGCUUCCUAUUGAGGCUGGGCUGCUCAGCCUGUUUGGACUAUUUCACUGCCCAGGGUCUGACCAAUAUCUACCAGAUUGAGAACUAUAACUUAGAGGACUUGUCCAGGCUGAAGAUUCCCACAGAAUUCCAGCACAUUAUCUGGAAAGGAAUAAUGGAGUACCGGCAGACCAUGGAAUUCUCUCCACCUCCCCACAUCUUGCGCACCUCUAGCGGAACAUCCACCGUCAGCGUGGGCUCCAGCGAAGCACGAGGCGAGCGCGUGAUCGAUGCUGUGCGUUUCACCCUCCGUCAGACCAUUUCCUUCCCUCCCCGGGAUGACUGGACCGAUUUCUCCUUUGACCUGGCCCCCGAUUCUCGCCGCAACAAGCAACAGCGCAUCAAAGAGGAAGGGGAAUGAAUGUGAUUCAUUGCAAUACAUUAUACAAUACGUCAUCAGCACGCGUUUACUGUAUACACACACACACACACACUUUUUGUACUUUCAUAUUAACACACUUUGGUGUUGGUCCAAAUCGUUUCACAGUUUUCCUCUGCAAGUGAUAGUAAAAGAAAAACUGUGAACUUCAUAGUGCUGUAGUUCACUUAAAAUUAAAUAAAUAGGCAGAUAAAAUGCACUUAAAGUCCUUCACGGUUUCAUUUUUCCUCUGGUGGAUUUAGCUCUGGUUGUCAUUUCAAGCCCCUUUAUUAAAUGCAAGCAGCUGUGGCUGAGGAAAAAUGGUGCUUUGCUGAAUUUUUACUGUUUCUUGAGACAAAGCACUUAAGAAAUGCUGAAAUUUCGUUUCUAUUUGCAAAAUUAAACACUGAACUUUUGGGGGUUUCUACGUUUUAACAUGGCCAAAGGUAUAUAUAGUUUUUUUUUUUUUUGUAAAAUAAAUGUUUUCUCCCAAUAGGAGCUUUAAUGUUAAUUGUUUGUAUUUUGUUGUGCUCAUUCUUAUCAGUUUUACAAUCUCUUCUGUAAAUCUCUGACCUUUGUCAGUUUUGAUUGUAUACAUUUCAAAGCACAUGGUUCUUUAUUCUCACAGAAAGUGUUAUUCAUCAUUUUCAUUUGUGGUGUAAGACUGAUGUCAUGUAGCCUCUAUGUAACAUUGUGAACCCUUUAUUGUAUCUUUUAUCGGUCGUAAGCACUCUAAUACAGUCAGAGUGCAAGUAUUGAAUUGCUCCUAAGGUUGUGAAGAUGCAUGUGGAGAAAUGCUUUGUUUACUGCCCAAGUCCAAAAGUGAUUUACAUUGGCCAUUCCUUCAGUAUUGUUUUAAGGAAAUUUUUAAGUCACUUGAUACUCAUUAUUCGCCAUUUGUGGCAAUAUUGUACAGUUUACAUUUUUAUUUUACUUUCAUUUGACCACUGAGAAAACAAUUCUUUAUUAUACUUUAAGGAAUUAUUGUAAAUAUGUUGCAAUGUACUUAUUUUGAUAUAAACCAAAAAAUAAAAAAUCAUUUUACA